UCCACACUGCUUUGGCGGAACACGAUCCCUCACCGUCGCGAUGCGUAUCGACCGACAAACAUCACCGCUCCUCCCCCUCCUCCUCUCCGCGCCGCUGGUUCACGGCUUCUAUCUCCCAGGCAUAACACCCACCAACUACAAGCUCGGCGACCUCGUCCCUCUCACCGUCAACCACCUCACCCCGACCCAAAACUCCAGAGACACCCAAAUCCGAUCCGCCUUCGCAUUCGACUACUACUCCCCUCAAUUCCACUUUUGCGCGCCCAAAGAUGGACCUCAGGACAUCUCCGAGUCGCUGGGCAGCAUCCUAUUCGGCGAUCGCAUUCAGACGUCACCCUUUGAACUACACAUGCUGAAGGAUGAAUCAUGCCGCGCCGUAUGCAACGAGGUGGAAUUCGAACCCACAGACGCGAAGUUUGUCAAUCGGAGGAUUAUGCUGGAUUAUAACAUGAACUGGCUGAUCGAUGGACUGCCCGCGGCGCAGCGGUAUUCGGAUCCUACGACUGGCACGGAAUUUUAUCAGCCUGGUUUCGCGCUGGGGGAUUGGGAUGGCGAGACGGCGCAGUUGAAUAACCAUUACGAGAUUGUCAUUGAGUAUCAUGAGGUGCAAAAGGGGCAAUAUCGCGUGGUGGGCAUCUUGGUCGACCCGUACUCGAGGAAGAAUGCGAAGAAGACGGGUAAAGGGGAUGACCUCGCGGCGAGCGGAUGUGGACAAGGACCGCCGUUGGUGUUGUCGGAAAAGGGCAAGACCAAAGCGACGUGGACGUACAGCGUCGAGUGGAGACAAUCCGACACAUCUUUCGCGACACGAUGGGAUAAAUACCUCCACGUCUUCGACCCGAAGAUUCACUGGUUCUCCCUCAUCAAUAGCGCGGUGAUUGUCAUGUUCCUCAUCGGCAUGGUCUCCACCGUCCUCCUCCGCACUCUCCGCAAGGACAUCGCACGCUACAAUCGCCUCGAUCAACUCGGUCUCGACGACCUCAACUCCACCGGCGUCAGCGUGGAAGAUGGCAUCCAAGAAGACUCCGGCUGGAAACUCGUCCACGGCGACGUCUUCCGCCCACCACGGCACUCCCUCGCGCUGGCCAUCCUCGUCGGCAACGGCGCCCAACUCUUCAUGAUGGCCGGCUUCACCAUCAUCUUCGCCGUAGUUGGCUUCCUCUCCCCCUCCAACCGCGGCUCGCUCGCCACCGUCAUGAUCCUCUUACACACCCUCUUCGGUUGCGUCUCCGGCUACGUCUCCUCCCGCGUCUACAAAUCCUUCGGCGGCACGGCCUGGAAAGCCCUCUUCACCCUCACCCCCUGCGCCGUCCCCUUCAUCGUCUUCGCCACCUUUUUCCUCCUCAACCUCUUCGUCUGGGCCCGCGCUUCCUCCGGCGCCGUCCCCUUCACAACCAUGCUCGUCAUCAUCCUCAUCUGGUUCCUCCUCUCCGUCCCCCUCUCCCUCGGCGGCUCCUGGCUCGGUUUCCGCCAACCCAUGUCCGACCCACCCGUCCGCACCAACCAGAUCCCCCGCCAAAUCCCCCCUUCCACCGGCUACCUCCGCUGGAUACCCAGUAUGCUGCUCGUCGGCGUGCUCCCCUUUGGCGCCAUUUUCGUCGAAUUAUACUUCAUCAUGUCCUCCCUCUGGAGCGCGAGGAUAUACUACAUGUUCGGCUUCCUCUUCCUCUCGUUCGGCUUGCUGGUCGCUACCACCGCCGCGGUGAGCGUGUUGAUGAUAUACUUCUUGCUGUGUCAGGAGAAUUAUCAUUGGCAGUGGAGGGCGUUUGCGAGUUCCGGGGCCAGCGCGCUGUAUGUUUUCGCGUACAGUUUGCUGUAUUGGGCGCGGAUGUUGAGUUUUUCGAGUUUUACGGGCGGGGUGGUGUAUUUGGGGUAUAGUGUUUUGUUGAGCUUUUUGUGGUUUUUGUUGAGUGGGUCGAUCGGGUUUUUUGCGUGUUGGGUUUUUGUCAAUCGGAUUUAUGGGAGUAUUAAGAUUGAUUGA